GGGGAGUUGUGAUAUAUGUAUAUAUAUUAUUUUUUCUUUACUAACUUUUGCUUAAAAUUGGAUGUAUGUGUUUCCAGAAAAAGAGCAGCAGGAAGCGAUUGAACACAUUGACGAAGUACAGAACGAAAUCGACAGAUUAAAUGAGCAGGCGAGUGAAGAAAUUUUAAAAGUAGAGCAGAAGUACAAUAAAUUACGCCAGCCAUUCUUUCAGAAGAGAUCAGAGCUCAUAGCCAAAAUCCCAAACUUCUGGGUCACAACAUUCGUCAACCAUCCACAAGUUUCGGCUCUUCUGGGGGAGGAGGACGAGGAAGCUCUUCAUUAUCUGUCGAAGGUUGAGGUCACAGAGUUUGAGGACAUCAAGUCUGGCUACAGAAUAGAUUUUUCCUUCGACGAGAAUCCGUACUUUGAGAACAAAGUUCUCUCCAAAGAGUUUAACGUCAACGAGGGUGGAGAUCCGGUUUCCAAAUCUACUGAGAUCAAAUGGAAAGCUGGAAAGGACCUGACCAAACGGUCCGGCCAGACGCCGAACAAAGCUGGGAAGAAGCGACAACAUGAGGAGCCGGAGAGCUUCUUCACCUGGUUCACCGACCACUCAGACGCCGGAGCCGACGAGCUGGGAGAGGUGAUCAAGGACGACAUCUGGCCCAACCCACUGCAGUACUACCUGGUCCCCGACAUAGAGGACGAGGAAGGCGAGGAUGACGAAGAGGAUGAUGAGGAGGGUCUGGAAGACAUUGAUGAGGGGGAGGAAGAGGAGGGUGAAGAUGAAGAUGGUGAAGGGGAAGAUGGAGAGGACGACGGGGAAGACGACUGAAAGCUUCUGUCGGCACCGUCCUCCCACCGGAUCAGUCUGUGGGAUGAAGUGUUUGUUUAGGAGGGAGGGGUUUUGUAAAAAAAAAAAAUUUUUUUUUUUGUUUCUAAUAUUUUUCCUCCUGUGUGUCGUCGACCCGUCUGCAGCCCGCUCAGUUAGACCAGCUUCGGGUCCACUGGAGGACGGCGCCGGACUCUCCUGUCAUCGUUUCUCCACGUCUUCAGACACACGAGAUAAAUCAAUAACUUUGUAGCAUUCUGCACGUCAUUUCCUGUAGAUUAAAGCCGCGUGCGUUAGCAGUUUGUCUCAGAUGACGGUUUCUGUUGUGUUUCCUAAAAUAAGCCAUGGUGCCGUGAGAACUUAUCAUCCUAGCAUCUUUAACCACUUUUCUAUAUAUAUAUAUAUAUAUAUAUAUAUGAAUAUAUAAAUGUAUAGGGUGGGGGGGCUUACAGAUGAAGCAGCACCAGCUUGUUCCUCUCAGUCUCUAAAUGUUUCCGCUCACAAAGCCAGUUUAUUCCGCUACGGCUCGACUCGCUUCUCCCCACCAUCACAGAUCAUCCCCCUUUUUUUUUUUUGUCUGUUUGGUUUUAAAUUAAAACCCAAAACAGUAGAGAGAAAAAUUGCUCCUCCUCCCGAUUCCUGGCUGGUUUAUUAGAAACCAAAUUCGAUCCCGAAACGAAUUGCAGAUGUGAACCUCUGGAGGAAUCAACUUCUCAAGAUCCAGAAGUGAAUCUGGUGAUCCAAACUGAGAAGUUAAGUCGCAUCAGCUUUUCUAGCCGUCCCGGUUCUGAUGCGACACUUUAAUAAUCCUCAGGCUCUUCAGAUGUCCCAUUGUUGAAUUUGUCCCGCCUCACUGGAAGUGACUUUUAUAAUAAACCAAUAUGGCUGAA